AUGGUCAUGUCCCAGUUCGACUAUGUCUUUGCCAUUGGCACCUGUUUCGCACUCCUCGACGCCUACAACAACGGUGCCAACGAUGUCGCCAACUCGUGGGCCACCAGUGUCUCGUCCCGGUCCAUCUCCUACCGCUGGGCCAUGCUCUGCGCCUUGGUCUUUGAGUUUCUCGGAGCCGUUACCGUCGGUGCCCGCACCGCCUCCACCAUCAAGGAUGGCAUCAUCCCCCUGACUGCCUUCCACGGCAACGCUGGCGUGCAAAUGCUCGCCUUUACCUGUGCCCUGGCCGGCGCCUCGUCCUGGGUAAUGUUCUGCAGCAAAAACUCCGUCCACGUUUCCUCCAGCUACUCGCUCAUCUCCGCCAUUGCUGGUGUCGGUGUUGCUGUCGUCGGCGCCGACCAGGUCCAAUGGGGCUGGAACGGCGGCAAGGGGCUGGGUGCCAUCUUUGCUGGUCUCGGCAUGGCACCCGUCAUCUCGGGCGGCUUCGGUGCCAUCAUCUUCAUGAUGAUCAAGCUCGGCGUCCACAUUCGCAAGAGUCCUGUCAAGUGGGCCAUUUACACCUCCCCCUUCUUCUUCUUCGUGGCGGCCACCGUCUGCACGCUGUCCGUCGUCUACAAGGGCUCCCCCAACCUUGGACUUUCCGACAAGCCUGUGUGGUACAUCCUGACAGUCACCUUUGCUUGCGGUGGUGGUGUCGGAGCCCUGGCUGCCAUCUUCUUUGUCCCCUUCCUGUGGGUUCGUGUCGUCAGGAAGGACGCUGCCGUUCGUUUCUACAUGCUUCCCAUGGGUCCUCUCCUGCUCAAGCGUCCCGUUCCCGUCGAGUCUGAGGUACCCACCGUCCCCGACUACGCCGUUAUCCAGAAAGAGGACCUCCUCUUCGACGACGACUCGACCGCCUCGCCCAAGCUUCACGACCAGGGCGAUGCUCCGGGCGUCUUGAGCAAGCAGCCCGUGGUGGACGAGAAGAAUGCGUCCAUCGACUCUGAGGGAACCCAAAAGUCUUACAAGGAGCUGCAGGCCGAGGCACGCAAGCGCUUUCACGCCCGCCUCUACCAGCGUCGCGGGCCUCUUGGCUGGGCCAUGCGCUUCCUGCGUGACAACCCCAUGCACGACGGCGAGUUCUAUGAGCUCAAGAACCUCAAGACGGCCGUCAUCCGCCUCCCCGCUCUCCUGACCGUCGCCCUGCUGUACGGCGUCAACUACGACAUCCACUCUGCCCAGACUGGUAUUGCCGGCACGCCCGAGGGCAGGCGCAUGGAGCGCGUCUAUGCUCAGGCGGAAAAGUACUCCAACGAGGUCGAGCAUACCUACUCCUUUGUCCAGAUCCUUACUGCCUGCACCGCGUCCUUUGCGCAUGGCGCCAACGACAUUGGCAACUCUGUUGGCCCCUGGGCUGUCAUCUAUGCCACCUGGAAGACGGGCGUCGCCGUCGACAAGAAGGCCACCGUGCCCGUGUGGCAGCUUGCCGUCCUCGCUCUGACCCUCUGCGCUGGUCUCGCGACGUAUGGGUACAAUAUCAUGAAGGUCAUGGGAAACAAGAUCACCUACCACUCUCCUAGUCGAGGCUGCUCCAUGGAGCUUGGCGCCGCCAUCACUGUGCUCAUCUUCUCUCAAUACCAUCUCCCCACGUCGACGUCCAUGUGUAUCACGGGCGCCACCGUCGGCGUCGGUCUUUGCAACGGCAAGAUCCGCGCCGUCAACUGGCAGCGUGUCGGCCUCUUGCUCACCGGCUGGAUCUUCACCAUCCCCAUUGCUGGCACCCUCGCGGGCUGCCUCAUGGGUCUCGUGAUCAAUGCCCCUCACUUUUAG